CCCUGCCCUCAUACACAUACAUGUAUUAGGAGGCACAGCUUUGACCGUAGGAACAUGGCGGCCGUGGUGACAUGUUGCCGUAAUAGACAGAACUGGCUCAUGGGGCAUUUACUGUAUAUACCUAUGGCCUAUCUGUCGUUUCUAGGACGAAAUAAAUUGGGGAUUAUUCGAAAUCCCCAUUGGUCUGAAACAUAGCACAGUGGCGCACUUGAUGUGGGAGGUGCUGUUUUGUGCUCGUCUGUUUUUAACUGCGCGACUCAGCUGGAGUCCAGAGUCUCGCUACUGGCUGGGGCAGUUGUAGUUAAUAAUAACCACAAACAAUGUUGGUGUUGUCCCUCGCCACUCUGUUGCUUUUCAGACAGCUUACUUUUUCUGCGACAGACAACUGUGAAGUGUGUGUGGGCUUUCUCCAUAGACUGUAUGGCAGACUGACCUCAGCCCACACAGAACUCACUCCUGCUCUGGUGGAAGAAGAGUUGCUCCAGGCCUGCACUGUGGCCCAGGGGAAGGAGGCCAGGCUGUGUUACUACCUUGGAGCCAGCACUGAUGCAGCAACACGCGUCAUAGCAUCAGUGUCUCGACCUCUGGCCUUCCAUGUCCCCGUGGAGAAGAUUUGCCAGCGCCUUAGCAGCAGCGACACACAAAUCUGUGAGCUCAGAUAUGAGCCUCAGCUGAAGGAUCUGAGCAGUGAUGGGCUCAAAAAGCUGAGAGUUGUGGAGCUGAGGAACAUUUUAGCCUCGUGGGGAGAAGAGUGUCGAGGCUGCCUGGAGAAACAUGAAUUUGUCAGCCUGAUCCAGGAGAAAGCGCCACUGCAUGCUCACACUAUGGAACUAUAAAGAGCCAUUUCAGGACACCCUUCUAUAACCGACCAAGACUUGAUUUAAAUAAAAACUUCUAACAUACACACUGCAGUCACAUCCUAUUUCUGAUUGUGAUGUUGAUGCACACAACACUACAUUGUUCCAUUUAUCUGCAGUGUGCAACAAUCAUGAAGGAGCUGGUAUUGUGUUUACACUGAUGCAAGUAUUGCCAACCAUUCAAAUGUUUGGACACUUUCCCACUGAAUUCAGUGAGUGGUGUCCCAUUGAAAUCAAUAGGAAAGUGUUUUAAAAUUUUUGACUGGUAGUGUACGUCCUGGGGCACAAACUGGGACAAAAACAUUUGCACUAAUGUGCACUUGACUGACAACAGCCCAACUGAUUAACAGCAGUCACCCUUUGGUAUGUUUUCUUAAUAAAAUUUAAAAAACAAAAAACAUCACAUGUAUCCAAAGGCCAAGGUAAUAAUUUGACUUGUUUUACUGGAUAAACUCUUCAAAACCCAAUCAUUGGUAAUUUACAUUGUUAUAAAAGUGAUAACAGAAAAUGUUGUUUUUAAGUUAGAGCCAGUAUAUUUUAGUCAAUAAAGCAUGUAAAAAUAUUAAGAUUGAUUGAUUGCCAAUUCAUCUACUGAUGACCUAAUUGACUAAUUAUUUCAGUUGCAUUUCAAAGCACAAAUACAACUGAAGCAGUUAUUUUCCCCCGUGAGCUCUGCACAAUCGACAACCUGGGUUUUCAUUUCAGAAAAGAAGCCAAACUUCUUAAAAACAAAUGUAAACAGAAGCAGCUUUACAAGAGAAAAACAGGCUAAAACUGACAAAAUGU